AUGAGGUAUUCAACAGCCUGCUCGGCGUGUCGCGCGCGACGGCGGAAGUGUGAGGUGCCUAUCGGCGGCGGCCAGUGCACGUACUGUGCGACGCAAAACAUCGCCUGCUCGCGAGCCGGUUCCAUCAUCCAGCCCAAGGCUGCGCCCAUCAGUCCAAUCUCUGUGACAACACCAAAAACGCCUACUGUCACCGAGAUCAUGAUCGCCAGCCCGCCCGGAAUUACGCCCUCAGCUGCCGUCGCAGAUAAGGCGCUUUGCUUCGAGCUUGUGGAACUGUAUUUCAAGUACAUCCAUGAUCAGCUUCACUCUCUCCUCCACAGGCCCAGCUUCAUGCUGGACCUCCACGAAGGAACCGCUCCGUUGGUGCUCGUUUACGGCAUGAUGGCACUAUCAGCAAGGUUUUCUUCCAACCCCAUAUUCAACGGAAUCUCUCCCAUCUCAAGAGGAGAGCUCUUCGCCAACGAGGGUAAUUUGUUGCUCAACCUGCGCGACGUGUCUCUCACCAGUAUUCAAGCAUGCGUGCUGCUCGGCGCAUAUUCCAUUGUAGAAGGCGAAGCAGGCGCAGAGACCGUCUUUUACUCGGCGGCGUGCAGGACAGCCAACUAUCUUGACUUGCCCAACUUGCCUACCCCUGACCCGCUUCAACGGGAGAUUCACAUUAGAGUAUAUUGGUCGCUCUGCAUGAUCGAUGUCUGGUCGUCCACUGGUGUCAACCUUCCACGUCUCAUGAAUCGUCGGAUGGAUGUUCCAUUACCCAUGAACGAAUCCACAUUCCUCAACAUGACCCGCGCGAACAACAAUCACUUUGAUUUCAUUCUCUCGCCCAAUCGGGAAGACUCACUUAUCGCCCAGAUGAUUAAGCUGAACAGUAUCCUGAUGAGAGUUAAUGAUGCCAUCAAGAGUCUCACGUCUGAUGUUGACGUCACUAAUAUCGAUGAGACCGUAUCUCAGCUGUCCCAGGAGCUAGAGGCUUGGGAAGUCGAGCUGCCCCUGAGCCUCCGCGAUACUCCCAGCAACCUCCAUUCUUUCGCCGCCCAAGGCCUGGGCCGCAUCUUCAUCGCCGUGCACACUGGCCACUACCACUACAGCCAGCUUCUCUACUACCAAUAUCUCGAUGAGGUCCAACGCUUUCCUGCCUCACCUACCGCGCAGAUGUUCGCCCGAAAAUGUAAAGAGAAUGCCAUCUCCAUGUCACGCAUUAUCGACCUCGCCAACACCACACCCGGCUGCGACGCAAAGUUCAACAUGCUUGGCCACAUCAUCGUUAUUACCUCGUCUAUCUUCAUCCACACCCUGCUUUUCGAGACAGACGAAGCUGAAAUCGCCAACGCCCGCGCAACCCUCGAGCGUCACUUCAACACACUUGUUGCCUUGCGUGUUUACUGGCCUGCCCUAGAAGUCUGCUUCGCCCGCCUGAAAACCUUUCAUGAGUUAUGCCGCAAAAGCAUGAACACCAGCUACCGUAUGGAUCGUUGGAUGCUCAGAUUCCUGACCGAAUUCGCAAGGCCGAUUGACGAGAAGGAGCGGGACGAAGAUGGACACAUGGAUCUCGACCGGUGGAGCGUGGGUAACAUCGGUAUCAGUCCUGAAAACUGGGCAUGA